GAGAACCAGAGAAAGACGUGUCCGGGGCCGGGAAGGAGAAUCGAGGUUCGGCGCGGGCGGGGACGAGAAGCAGCGCUCGGGCACGCGGGGACGGCGGCCGGCGCGGGCGGGCGCGGCCUUUGUCUCCUCCUCUGGCGCGCUCCGUGGCUGCAUCCGCCCCAUGAGCCCGCGGUCCCCCAGCGCCUGAGCCGCCCGCAGCCCCUGACCUGCCCUGUCCUCGCAAUGGCCGAAACUGCCUCCGGCACCGGGGGCACGUCCCUGGAGGGUGAGCGUGGCAAGAGGCCCCCGCCGGACGGCGAGCCUGCAGCCCCGGCGUCCGGAGUUCUGGAUAAGCUUUUUGGGAAGCGGCUCCUGCAGGUGGGUCGGUACCUGGUGUCCCACAAGGCAUGGAUGAAGACGGUGCCCACAGAGAACUGCGACGUGUUGAUGACCUUCCCAGACACGACCGAUGACCACACGCUGCUAUGGCUGCUGAACCACAUCCGCGUGGGCAUCCCCGAGCUCAUCGUGCAAGUCCGCCACCAUCGCCACACGCGUGCCUACGCCUUCUUCGUCACCGCCACGUAUGAGAGCCUACUCAGAGGGGCCGACGAGCUGGGUCUGCGCAAAGCAGUGAAGACUGAGUUUGGCGGGGGCACCCGCGGCUUCUCCUGCGAGGAGGACUUCAUCUACGAGAAUGUGGAGAGUGAGCUGCGCUUCUUCACCUCCCAGGAGCGCCAGAGCAUCAUCCGCUUCUGGCUGCAGAACCUCCGUGCCAAGCAGGGAGAGGCACUGCACAAUGUGCGCUUUCUGGAGGACCAGCCAAUCAUCCCUGAACUGGCGGCCCGCGGGAUCAUCCAGCAGGUGUUCCCAGUCCACGAGCAGCGCAUCCUGAACCGCCUCAUGAAGUCAUGGGUGCAGGCUGUGUGUGAAAACCAGCCUCUAGAUGAGAUCUGCGACUACUUUGGCGUGAAGAUUGCCAUGUACUUCGCCUGGCUGGGUUUCUACACAUCGGCGAUGGUGUACCCAGCGGUCUUCGGCUCUGUCCUGUACACAUUCACAGAGGCUGAUCAGACGAGCCGGGAUGUAUCCUGCGUGGUCUUUGCCCUCUUCAACGUAGUCUGGUCAACGCUCUUCUUGGAGGAGUGGAAACGGAGGGGAGCAGAGCUGGCCUACAAGUGGGGGACGCUGGACUCACCCGGGGAAGCUGUGGAGGAGCCACGGCCCCAGUUCAGGGGCGUGCGGCGCAUCAGCCCCGUGACUCGGGCCGAGGAGUUCUACUACCCGCCCUGGAAGCGGCUGCUUUUCCAGCUGCUUGUGAGUCUCCCCUUGUGCCUCACCUGCCUGGCCUGUGUGUUCCUGCUCAUGCUCGGCUGCUUCCAGCUGCAGGAGCUGGUGCUGAGUGUGAAGGGGCUGCCCCGUCUCGCCCGCUUCCUGCCCAAAGUCAUGCUGGCCCUGCUGGUCAGUGCAAGCGCCGAGGGCUACAAGAAGCUGGCCGUCUGGCUCAACGACAUGGAGAACUACCGGCUGGAGAGCGCCUACGAGAAGCACCUCAUCAUCAAGGUUGUCCUGUUCCAAUUCGUCAACUCAUACCUGAGCCUCUUCUACAUUGGCUUCUACCUCAAGGACAUGGAGCGCCUGAAAGAGAUGCUGGCCACGCUGCUGAUCACCCGCCAGUUCCUCCAGAAUGUUCGAGAGGUCUUGCAGCCGCACCUGUACCGGCGGCUGGGCCGUGGCGAGAUUGGCCUGCGGGCUGCCUGGGAGCUGGCCCGUGCCCUGCUUGGCCUACUGAGCCUCCGGCGCCCUGCACGCCACCUCGAAGCCCAGGCUGAAGAGGGUGUCGGUGGCAGCAGCGGUGGGGGGGGCCGCAGGUGUCUCAGUGGGGCCUGCGGGGCACCUGAGGAGGAGGAGGAGGCCACCAUGGAGCGUCGGCCAGCGGGGGAAGGUGGGGAGGUGGGGGACGGGCCUCGGGGGGGCAGGGAGGAGGAGGAGGACGAGGAGGAGGAGGAGGACGAAGAGGAGGAGGACGAGGAGGAGGAAGCCGAGGAGGGCGGCCUCCUGGACUGCGGGCUUCGGCUGAAGAAGGUCAGCUUUGCUGAGCGGGGGGCUGGGCGGCGGCGGCUGGGCCCAAGCCCGGAGGCCCUCCUGGAGGAGGGGAGCCCCACCAUGGUGGAGAAGGGGCUGGAAGCUGGCGUGUUCACGCUGGCCGAGGAGGACGAUGAGGCCGAGGGGGCUCCCAGCAGCCCUGAACGGGAGCCCCCGGCUGUCCUGCUCCGCCGGGCCAGAGGUGAGGGCCGCGACCAGGGCCCCGAUGGGGGCCCAGACCCAGAGCCGGGCUUGGGUGACUCAGCCCGGAAGCAGCGGCGGCAGAACCGGUCAUCUUGGAUCGACCCACCCGAGGAGGAACACUCGGCCCAGCUCACCCAGGCUGAGCUCGAGAGCUGUAUGAAGAAAUACGAGGACACAUUCCAGGACUACCAGGAGAUGUUUGUGCAGUUUGGCUAUGUCGUGCUCUUCUCGUCUGCCUUCCCCCUGGCUGCCCUCUGCGCCCUCAUCAACAACCUCAUCGAGAUCCGCAGUGACGCCCUCAAGCUGUGCACGGGGCUGCAGCGGCCCUUUGGGCAGCGGGUGGAGAGCAUUGGCCAGUGGCAGAAGGUGAUGGAGGUCAUGGGCGUCCUGGCAAUCGUAGUCAACUGCUAUCUAAUUGGCCAGUGUGGGCAGCUGCAGCGCCUCUUCCCCUGGCUCAGCCCCGAGGCGGCCAUCGUGUCCGUGGUGGUGCUUGAGCACUUCGCUCUGCUUCUCAAGUACCUCAUCCACGUGGCCAUCCCCGACAUCCCGGGCUGGGUGGCUGAGGAGAUGGCCAAGCUGGAGUACCAGCGCCGGGAGGCCUUCAAGAGACAUGAGCGCCAGGCCCAGCACCGCUACCAGCAGCAGCAGCGGCGGAGGCGAGAGGAGGAGGAACGCCAGCGCCACGCAGAACAUCAUGCCCGCAGGGAGCGCGACGCCAGUGGCCGGGAGGAAGCUCGGGCUGAGGGCUCCGGGUUGGACCCUGCUGCCCCAGAGAAGGCCUCGGCCAAGGCCAAGGGCAGUGGGGCGGCAGGAGGCCAUGGGCCGGAGCGGCCCAAGCGCCCGGGGUCCCUGCUGGCACCUAACAACGUCAUGAAGCUGAAGCAGAUCAUCCCACUGCAGGGCAAGUUCCUGUCGUCCGGGGCUGCAUCCUCGCUGGCCGGCGCGGGGGCCAACCUCACUGCCCGGCCGCCCCCUGCCCCGUCUCCCACAGGCAGUGACACCCGCCUGCCGGCCUUCCUCAGCUUCAAAUUCCUCAAGUCACCCGAGACCCGGCGGGACCCAGAGCGUAGCCACUCGCCGCCCAAGGCCUUCCACGCCAGCAAGCUCUUCCCCUUCGGCGGGGCCCGGGCUGAGGCCGGGUCCAACGGGGCGGGCGGGCAGGCCCGGCAGGACGGGACCCCCAGCGGUGGCAGUGGUGGUAGCCGAGCCCAGCGGAGUGGGCCGGCAGACGAGGCCGCAGCUGAGGAGCCGGACACACCCCGGCCCGAAGAGGAAGGCUCAGGGACAGCGCCGGCCCCGGUGGGCGCCCCGGCCCUCCGCACCCGCCGCAGCCGGAGCCCUGCGCCGCCGCCGCCGCCGCCGCCGCCGCCGCCAACACCGCUGCCCCGGCCCCCGACGCCACCCGCCGGCUGCUGGCAGUGGGACGGGCCGUGGGGCUGCGGGGGCGAGGGCGCCGCCCCCCGCCAGGGCCCUGCCGCCGCCGCCGCCGAGUGUCCGCCCUGCGCCCUCGCCGGGCCCCUGCCCGCCCCGGCAGCUGGCGUCCUGCCGGGGGACGCCAGCUUCUACAGCCUCCCGCCGCCGCCGCUGCCUCCCACCUCCGAGCCCCCGGAGCCCCCGGCACCGUCGCCCAGCCCCAGCUCCAGUCCCAGUCCCAGUCCCCAGGCCGUGUGCUGGCCCAGCGGCUGGCAUUAGCUCCGCCCGCCCUGCCUUCCUGUUUUCAUAUGCAAUAUCAAUCACGGACGGGGCGGCACCCGCCACCCAGAAAACGCUGCUGUCGGUGUAUCCCAGUAUUGGCUGCCCCCUCCUGGGUCAGGGCCGGGGGCCUGGGGCCCCUCUAUCUGCCGUUUUCCUUUCGACCAGGAUGGGGGGAAAGGAAAGGAAACCCCCCCAAAACAACAGAAAACACACACAGAAUAGGCGAUUAUUUAUUUGUUUUUAAUUUAUUUUGUCAUAUUUUUGUAAAACGGCAGAAAUGCAAUAAAAAGUAUAUUUCAACAGUG